AUGAAGUCACCUGUGUGGCUAACCCCGCACUCGCUCGCCCGCCGGGUCGAGCGGUCCCUCGAGGCCCAAAUCCGAGCGUCCCACGUCCACCACCAGGGGGCGCUCCCGCGCGCACGCGCCGGCCCGCGACCUCAGGCCUCGGCCCCGCGGCGGCCAUUCACCCACGCGCCCGCGCGUCGUGCGGAGCCGCGGCCGCCGGCGGAGGACCCGGGGUUCAGGUCGAUCGUGGACAACCCGCCGGAGCUGGUGCGGGCGGGGGCGGGGCGGCGGCACGGGCCGGGGCUGCUGGUGCUGGCGCUGAUCCCGGCGACGGCGUUCGUGCUGGGCACGUGGCAGGUGCGGCGGCUGGCGUGGAAGACGGAGCUGCUGGCGCGCCUGGAGGACCGCAUCGUGCGCGAGCCGCUGCCGCUGCCGCCGCGGGUCGACGCCGCGGCGGCCGCCCGCGACUUCGACUUCCGCCGCGUCCGCGCGCGCGGCCGCUGGCGCCACGACCGCGAGAUGCUCGUCGGCCCCCGCAUGCACGACGGCGAGCAGGGCUUCAUGGUCGUCACCCCCCUCGAGCGCGACGCCGGCCCCGAGCACCCCGGCGCCGGCACCGUCCUCGUCAACCGCGGCUGGAUCGCCAAGAAGUUCCGCCGCCAGCGCGACCGCCCCCCCGAGAGCCUCCCCACCGGCGAGGUCGAGGUCGAGGGCCUCAUCCGCGAGCCCUGGAAGAAGAACAUGUUCACACCCGACAACCGCCCGGACAAGGGCGAGUUCUACUUCCCCGACGUCGCGCAGAUGGCUGCCCUGACAGGAAGCCAGCCCGUUUGGAUCGAGCAGACUAUGGAGCCUGACUUGCUCGAGGCCAUCGAGUUCCAAUCCAAGGCUAUCCCGAUCGGCAGACCGGCAGAGGUCAAUCUCAGAAAUAACCAUGCCCAGUAUAUUUUCACUUGGUACGGACUCGCCGUCGCGACGUCGAUAAUGUUCUAUAUGGUAGUAAAGAAGCCUCCAACGGAUAUCGCGCGCCGAGUACGGAUGAACAAGGAAUGGUCUUAG